AUGAGUUCGAAACAACGAAGAAAAGAGCCUGCGACGAAUCUUCCGGUGUACGAGUCACUUCCUCCUACAUGGCUUCCGAAGACCCAUAAGUCGGGGGAUUUGGGGUACCCUGGUUUCUAUCCACCCCGUCCAGGUCAAGAUGAAGAUGUUCUGUCAGAGAACAAUGUCAAGAACGGAUUCACUGCUGAGCCUGUCGUAUCGGCCGAGACAUUCACUGCGCAGCCCUUCGUCAAAAUAAACGAUGAUUCCAUAUCCAAACUAGAGGACCUAAUGGAUGCCGUGUUCUCUCGGAGAAAUGAACAGCUGCCUCCCAUUCCAGCUUCUACGUUUCGAAUGCCAUCUCGGGUGACUUUGACUGAUGCUAAACGGCAAAGCUGGUUUGAUGACCUCGCCAAUCCCGAUGUACCUCUUUAUAAACUUGGAAAGAACGUCCCCCACGGCGCUAAGGGACAUGAUUUACUCGACCUGCUCCAUUCCAGUAAUGUUGCCAUCCCGCGUGCAAUAUGGCUGCUUAGAGUGCUGGGAGCUAACGAGACGGCUGGACUACGGAAUAGACCCUCGUAUAAUCCAACAUCCUACAGCAUUGAGUGGACGGGUGUUAUGACAAGUUAUGUGAAAAAGCAGCUACUGGCCAUUGCUUUGCCAAGCGCCCCUCGGCACGGAAUGAAUAUGAAUAUCAAGCAGAAUUUCAAGGGAGUUCUCGCUGAUGCUGACUCUCGGGAACGUUGGAUAUCUCGAUUCACUUAUUGUUUGCAGCUCCUUCGGAGGUUCUAUUCCGAGGGUUUGGUGGAUCACCGAACUUUCCUCACAUGGCUCGUCCAGCAAAUGGCAACCUGCAACCUUGCGCAAGCCGGGUUUGUCUCUAAGUUGGCCGACGAAUAUUCGGAAGGGAUGAUAUGUAGUCGAGCUUUGGCUCGCCAUUUUGCGGAUGCUUGUCUCAGCAGGUUGUCGGAGAUACGCGCGUCAGUGCCUGCACAAUAUCUGGCCAAUACAGAGACACUCCUUCGAAGUCUUCUUCAGCGAAUGUGUCUCACUUUGCCUGACUCGUUCAUAAGCCCACGUAUGUGGAUAAUGCACGCGAGCCUCCUCCAGUAUGCCUUCGUAGAGAAUGUACUAGACAGUUUUACCGAUCAGCGAGUUGAACAGAAGGCUCAGAACAUACGCCAGCUAUUAGCGACCAAUUUCAACGACGUGAGGCGUCGGAAUCAAGCCAUGCUGUUCUGUAAUUUACCUCCGCGCGCCCCGACAGGACUUGGCUCAGCGGUUACGGAAGUACAGCUCCUGAACUCCAUUUCAAGUGCAACAGACAUCAAGUCGCUUCAUUUCUUCACCUUCGACACUCCUCACGAUCCUGCCUUCUCCGAUAAACUUGACCGCCUUCUGACUUGGAGUGUUUCGCCGUUCCAAUUUGGUGAACAUCGCCCAUUCGCUGCUGUGACUCUUAUCCGCGAAUGGCGCGAUCGAGUUCUUGAGCGCGCCCACCGACGACACUUCCCACCACCCAGUGAAUUCCUCCAAGACCACCUCUUUGAAUGGCUAGACACCUCCGAGGUUGCGGGUGAUACAGAGAAUAUUCGUGCAGUCGCGCUUAUUUUUGGCAAGCUUGUGAAGCACGAAUUGUUCUCCUACGCGGAGUAUUUGCAGAGGCUUAUCGCUAGAGGUGAAACUGGCCUCCUACAAACCGACAAUCCAGUGUCUCGUCAUCGCAGCUUUCUGCGAUGGAUUCCUAUAUACAACUCAGAGCCAUCGUUGGCGAGCCAACGGAAGGUAACUCUAUACGGACCCAGAACCCGAGACACCCCAGAAUGUCUAAACGAACGGGAGAUACGCAAGGAGAUUAGAGCGUUACUGCCCGAGUUGUUUGGAGCUGAACUACAGGCACCGCCAAUCUCGACUAGCGAGUUGUUAAGCCAGUGCCCAACACUGAUAUCUGCAUCUCGUUUUGAGCAGGUUAGAACAUUCAAGCAAUGGCUAAUGCCUAUCCUUCGGAAGGCAAUCGUAAGUCAAUCUCAAGAUGAUUCUAAGAGAACGAUGCUAUACAAGUCAUAUUCCUUGGCCGUUGAACUUAUGACUCACGCUCAAUGCUUCCACACAAUCCUCGAUCUAACUUUCGUUGUUCUCGCUCAUCCCGCCAGUGUAGAUCUCAUCAGUUCUUCGAUCGAUACACUCCAGCGGUUUCACCUUAUCUGGAUUUGUCUGGAUGUCAUGGACAGCAUCUGCUCCGCCUUGUACUCGGCCCAUCUGUUCUGGAAAGCUCAAGGUAUACAAUCACGCAAGCUAGUUGCCCUGCUCCUGAAAUUCGAUGAUUCACGACACUUGGAAACCUCUGCGCGAGACCAUAUCACAGCGGACAUCAAUACAUACACUCUGGCUCUUCAACCAGAAACCGCGCUUGUUUCGACGCAGAUGCCUGACGUAGUUCAAGACAUCUCUCGCCUCGCUAACGAUCUGAGCAACGAUGCUCCUGCCAUGCUCGCCAAUGGCCUUUGGUUCAAGUAUCGAUCCAUUCACGAUUGGGGUGGCAAAGUCUGGGAUGACACUGUAACGAGUUUACGACUGGCAGACCCAAUGGAUCGGCAGACAUUUUCUAUGCGAUGUGCUGAUUUCCUGCUACAAAUUGAUUCCCAUUUGCCCUAUGGCCUCGACGACCCGGUACUUCAAUGGCUUUUGGGGCACGGGAGAACGAUAUUACUAGAACUUUCGGCGGACAUUUGGGACGCCUUGACGAUAGUGCUGCUUUUUCUGUCCGUUCAUGGGGCACUCAAAGCACCUACUAUUUUCGAAGGACUCAUUCUCCCGACUUGGCAGUCUGCCGCGCAUAUAUCUUCUGCAGAGGAGGAACAGGAUCUCUCUCCCAUUCUACUUGCUUCCCUCAAUCUUUUCGAGCGCCUGAUGUUCUCCGAGGCCGCAAAUGCUGACGGGACCCCACCAUCGAACUUGCUGGAGAUACAAUGCAUUAGGACCCGCCGCGAGGAGUUCUACCUGUCCCCAAAGUUCUACUCCCUAUUGUCGAGCGUCCCCGUUCUGCUGGCCUUGGAGCACAAUAGCCACGUUUCAGAAGAAGUACGGCAGCGCACUGGACUUAUCCGCACCUCCCUUUGCCAACAGCAGAGUUUCCGGCAAGGUGUUUAUCGCGAUCUUGAUGUUGUUCGACAAACCUUCGAACAGUCAAUAGUACCCGGCGGUAUGUGUGAAAAGUUCGCAGAGCAAAUCGCUGAGGCCCUACAAGAGGCCUUGUGCAACACCCGAGACGCAGCCAACUCUAAAUCGACUUACCCUGAUAUAGCACUCCUGAGUCCCUGGAAACUUGCUGCCACCGCCAUACAAAUGAAGUUGAUCCUGCGACAAAUGGGUAAAACUACGUUCUCCGAAAAUACUCGACAGUCAGCCAAACACGACUUGGAUCGUUUAAUCAAAGCUAUCUUCCACCAUGCGGUGUCAGCAGAGCAGGCAUGCGUUAUGGCGGACAUGGCCAAGGGCGCCGACCCUGAGGUAGUCUCAGAGUUCAUGCACAACGGUGUGCAAACGCUCACUAUUGUGCUCAAUGGCCCCGGACUGGCUUCGGGCGGCCUUGUGGACCAGUCUCGCCGCGCAGGAGAAGUACUCCGGGUGCUUGCCUACAUAGCUGAACCCUUUCGAAAGGAAGGAAACCCACUCCCUCAGCUUAAUCAGGAUGCAUACGACAAACUUUUCUUCGCGAUAAAUAAAAGUAUAGCAUCGCUAGCAAAAGAGUUGAACGCGACCGAUACAGAUGAUGCCCUUAUCCCAUCAGAAUCCACAGCAUGGGCAAUCUUGCUCGCAAGAUUGUUACAAUUCCUGCUAGGCUUCCACGGACAAUGCUCCCCCAGCGUUAAAUCAGCUUCCAGCGAAACGUCUUCAAGCUUGGCGACUUUGGUGCUGCUUCAUAGCACACGGACCAACUUGGACGUGGUGGCGUAUACAUUGCUGCUUGAUACUCUGUAUUAUCUUCUGGAUGAGGUAGCAAUGGACCCAAAGGCGUCUACUUUUGAUCCGUGCUUCAAUUAUCCAUGUUUCUCUAUUUCCGACUUGCCGCCAGACUUACCUGCCGAAUAUCGAACACAGCUCUCACGUCUGCUGUCGUGCUUUCCGGCCAACUCUUCGGUGGAGAAUCUGGCGCUUGCACAUCGAGAUGCGAACGGUACUCUCGUAAUCGAUGGUCCUGUCCUCAACAGACCUUGGGAAUGGAUCGAAAACCUAGGCGAACCGCCUACCCUUGACGAAGCCAAGGAGAAAGAGGAGAAGGAUCGGCAGGGGACGAAGUAUAUCGUCAAGAACUCCGGAUCCCUGUCUCUAGAGAACUUUGCAGCUCGCGUUACGGGAGACGGGAUACUUCCAGAAGCAUCGAGCAAGGAUCUACGGGCAUUCGAGGACCGCCUCUCUGGUGAUAGUGUCUUCAGCCGGGACUGGCAGGAAUCAAGAGUGGGGAGCGACAUGGAUACUUUGGUGGGGUCUCGGAGCAGGGGUGAAGGCGACCAGGAAUAUGGGAGUAAAAUGAGACGUCCUACACCACGAGCGUCGCCUGCCUCGUCUGUCUUGUCGCGUUCUUCAGCUCACCAGUCGUCGACGACGUCCAUGCGUCGACCAAGCCCAAGCGAGGUCUCUAUCAAUCGGCAUUCUGGGUCCUCCAUGGGCGAGCCUAUUGACGUAGACAGUGUCAUGUCAUCGAAGCGCAAGACCUCGACAGUCAGUGACGAUGAUAUUGAAAUCAUUGAAGGGCCAGUACCGUCGCAGACUGUGUCGAAGAAAAAGGGCAGGACAGCAGGGAAGACUAAGGCUAGGAAACGAUGA